AUGCUCAGCUGCGUCCUUCUGAUGUUCCUCGUGCUUUCAUCAGUAAUUGCAACGCAAUCGAGCACCUUUGAUCGCCAAGAUCGCGACUACAGGCCGCUUCAGUUUGGCAAACGCGACGGCUAUCAUCCACUUCAAUUCGGCAAACGCGAAUACCGCCCAUUGCAGUUUGGAAAACGCAGCGGAAUGGUGUACGAGCCGGUAUGGGAGAUGCACAAAUAA